CUCUUCUUCAUUCUCACUCAUCCCUGAUCAUUUCCUCAUGUCCAACUUGAAGCUUCGUAUUGGCGUCAUUGGUGCCCGCAACCUUGCCGCAGCUGACAAAACAGGCUACUCAGAUCCUUAUGUGGUCUUUCGCGUAGAGUAAGUACCAGAAACGGAUAGGCAGGAUAAAGGAGGCUACAGGAAUGCUUAGACAUAUGGUAUGUGCAACAGCGACAAGAAGUACACCACCAAGGUGAUCAAGCAGACGUUGGAUCCCGUUUGGAACUACGAGUUUGAAAUCCCUAUUGGUGCUGACAAGGUGCCAAGACCAUUCAACGUGACAGUAUGGGACAAGGACACCUUUGGACGUGAUUUCCUUGGCGAAAUCUCGAUUCCUGUCAAAAACUGCUUCGACCGCAAUGCUGGUGGUGUUGCUGACGGUAUGCCUCGCCACUACAACGACCCUCAAAACUUACCACAGUGGUUUGGUCUCAACAAGCGGAGCGAGAAAAGUAACAUUUCCGGUGAAGUUCAGAUUAAAUUUGGCUUUAUUGAGCAGCAUGUCCGAGACCCUCAGCAAUACGCUGACGCUUGGGAGCAGCUAUUUGGCCCAAGUAACUGAAGCAUUCGGCCUUAAUUACCGCUUAUAUCAGCCCCUACUGUCCUCAUGUGGGGAUUCGAAAGAAGCAACUGUACAAAAUCAAUCAUCCAAAGCAGUAGAACAUCCUCGAUUCCCUUCAACACCACCCCUGAAAACGCAUCAAUUUGAAAUAGACAAUCUUAGUAAAUAUAUCAUUAAUUGAAAAGAAAGCGUUUGAUCCUUAAGCAUCUUUUGCUUUUCUAUUUUAAAC